AAUUGAAAAAUCUAUCCAGUUUAUCUAAAAAAAAUAGUUCCCUUCCGUACCUAUUCACAGGAAAAUAAGCGGCUUUUUAUCCAGCUAGCGCCAUCUGUAAGUUCUCAAAGAUACUGACCAAAUUAUAAACACAACAAACCACUGGGCAUUGAACUGUCAUCCAUCACCUGUCAUUUCGGUUACUAGUCUCGUUGUUACCAAACAAACGGUCACAGGGCGUCUUAAAAAAUUUUUUUAUUCAAUCAAUCAAUCUUUAGUCAUCAUCAUUAUUUAAAUCGAUAGUUAUUAUUAAUAUAAUAAAAUGUUACAUUACUAUGGCGGAGCUUCACAUAUUCGGACGAAUAGAAUCAGCGGAAAAUUUUAAAAAGUCUAUUUUAUUUUGUAAAUGGAGUUUUCAUACCGGAAGUGGCUGGAAAUUAUUAAAUGGAAAUAGUGAAGGACAAACUCAAGAGUGCCGUGAUUUUUAUCGUAAAAAAUUAGCCUGGGAUCAUCCGAUCGACUUGCACUAUACAACGCACACGCUGCAAGGUUCACCAAAAUUGUUACUGCAAAUUUUUUCACGUGAUAAUUACGGUAGAAUAUUAUUCACUGCCUACGGUACAUGUUCGGUGCCGAUGAUUCCUGGAUUUCAUCAAAUUAAAUGUCAUACUUGGAAACCAAUUGGUAACUGGCAAGACAGAUUGAGAGAUAAGUUUUUGGGUAUGACAUUACAAUUAAAAACACCGAGUCUCCUAGCGAACAGUACUGACCGAUUUGAGUUAUUAACUGAAACAGAGGGUGAUGUUGACAUAAACUUUCAAAUAAUAACCCGGAAUUUUAAUAAAUUCGGUUGUCAUUGAUAAAAAU